AUGCUAGCAGGAUGUGCAGGAGCCGAGCCUAGAGACGCGAUACCCAAGCCCACCAUCCCCAAACAACUCGCCUCCCACCCCCGUCACAUUCACAGCACGGCCCGGCCGGCACGGCACGACGCAGGGCUGGAGGAGGAGGAUGAGGAGCAGCCUAAGGGAAAGAAGGCUAAGGGGAAGAAGGUGGCACCGGCCCCUAAUGUGGCCAGGAAACAUGAGGCCAAGAAAGUAGUCAACCCCCUGUUCGAGAAGAGGCCAAAGAACUACGGCAUCGGCCAGGAUAUUCAGCCCAAGCGUGAUUUGACACGCUUUGUGAAAUGGCCUCGGUACAUCCGCCUGCAGAGGCAGCGCGCCAUCCUCUACAAGCGUCUGAAGGUUCCCCCUGCAAUCAACCAGUUCACCCAGGCUCUGGACCGCCAGACCGCCACACAGCUGUUCAAGCUGGCCCACAAGUACAGGCCAGAGACCAAGCAGGAGAAGAAGCAGAGGCUGCUGGCCCGUGCUGAGCAGAAGGCCGCUGGAAAGGGAGAUACUCCCACCAAGAGGCCUCCUGUGGUCCGUGCAGGUGUGAACACGGUCACCUCUCUGGUGGAGAGCAAGAAAGCCCAGCUGGUCAUCAUUGCCCACGAUGUGGAUCCAAUUGAGCUCGUCGUCUUCCUGCCAGCUUUGUGCCGUAAGAUGGGUGUCCCGUACUGCAUCGUCAAGGGCAAGGCUAGACUGGGCAGACUGGUGCACAGAAAGACGUGCACUUCAGUUGCCUUCACACAGACUAACCCUGAGGAUAAAGGUGCACUUGCCAAGCUUGUGGAAGCCAUCAAGACCAACUACAAUGACAGAUAUGAGGAGAUCCGUCGUCACUGGGGAGGUGGUAUCAUGGGCCCCAAAUCUACGGCCCGCAUCACUAAGCUGGAGAAGGCAAAGGCCAAGGAACUGGCAACCAAGCUUGGUUAAAAUGUUUGGAAUAAAAAAUGUAUGUCUUAAAAGA